AUGGGGUGGUGUCUUGCAAUAAGGCUGUUUCUUGUCGUCCUUCUGGCCCCUGGAGUGUGGCUUCAGUUUGCGCCAGCAACAGAUCGGGUAGAUGUGGAAUGUCUAGGCAGCCUUGCCAGACUCAAAUUGAAUCCAGGCUAUUUCCAGAACAAGUACAUCACCUUUGCUGCUAUCGACACAUUUGGCAGGGUUUGGGUGAUAGAUGGAGUCCAGGCUACCAAGUGUGGAUACACCGUCUUCCAGGACGUCUGGGGAAACAUCGAGAUCCGUGCCUCCCUGAUUGGCUGCUAUGCUCAAAUGGCGGAUGAACAGCACUUCACUCUGAACAUACAGAUCCAGGCAGCGACAGACCCAGAGAUUCAUGAUGCUGUUGUGCUUAAUGUCCCAGUGACCUGUCCAUAUGGCCCAUGGCAACCCAGAGAAGUAGUCUGUGAGGCGAAUUAUAUGGAGGUCUCUGUGAGAAGGAAUGUGCCUCCAAUUCCAAAUGACAUGCUUCAAGAUCAACCAGAAGACUGGGCGUCUGCCUUCCCAGAGGCCCAAGCUGGGGUGCCCUCCAUUUGGCAAAUAGUCUUUCACAUGGACACCAAAAAGAAGGCCAUGCUUGUUGAAGAGGCUCAUGCUGUCGGUUAUGGGCUCAACACAACAGACACAAGGAUCAUCUUAAGGGCUUCCUACAACGCAACUGAAGCUCAGAAGUUGGAGGUCAAUGGGGUUCUUUUCUCCUCGGUGAGAUCCAGCACCUACUACAAGCAACGUUGGAUGCUCCUGAUGGUGGACACCGCUGUGGCCUGUCCCAUAGAUGGUGUGACCUACACAGAUGACACCAUCACCUGGACUGUCCCCAAAAGCAUCUCUCCCCUCCUGGUUGGAGUUGGCACCAUCAAAGAGUUGCAAGUGGAGAUGGGUAUCAACCUGUACAAGCUGACUUCGCAGGAUAUAGCCCGCCGGGGAUACUCGCUGGCCAGUGACAAGGAUGCUAUCGUAGUAAAGAUUCCCAUUGGUGCAUUGGGUGGUAACUACAAGAGUUUUGUGGUCUCUGGAAAACUGGCAACCAGCUACAGGAUCAAUCCAUUUGUAGUCCACCUGUGGGAAGAUGACAAGAGGGGUGUCACAAAGCACACCAUUCUGAAGGAGAUCAACACCCCUCUGAAGCUAGUACCAGUGACGGUGACGGACUAUACGAAUAUCCCCCUCCGUCUCUUCAACGCAACUGUUGGAACCGUCCUGCCCGAUGUAGAGCUGGUCACGGUGACAGUGGAUGAAUCGGGGCCCUUGCCACUGCCAGAGGUUGAGAAGUGGGGCUACACCAUCUCUGAGAUCAAGCUCCCCAAUGGCAGCAAAUAUUAUGUGCUGCAGGUCCCCUUUGAUGCCCCAGGAGUCAAGAAGCAGUAUGUGCCAGAGAACAUCAGAAACUACACCAUCAGCCCCAUAUUGGGAUUCAGAGUAAUUCCUCAGGGAGGCACCUUUGAUGUCCCAGUCCCUCUCACUGCCCUGGUCAAGGAUGCAGUGCUGCCCCGGGCGGAGGGGUUCUGUGAUGACCAAGCCCUCUACUUAGUGGUGAAACGUGGCAACGUGGACCAGGACUGGCUGCCCUCUGUGGGGGACACGUACUUGACCCAGGAGACGGCGCAGAGCCUUGGCUACACGCUGCAAGACAACGGAACCCACUUGGCCCUGAGUGUGCCCAGGCGUGCCGCCCGUGUGCUCUUUGAGGAAAUAAGCUCUUCUGGGAUUGUGGCCACCUUCCGGUUGCAGCUGAAGGAUCGCCUCACUGAAGUGGAAAUGAUAGACUUUGCCAUUUCUUGCACCUUUUCUCCAAAAGACCUCAUUGACUGUCGGUCUAAUGGCACCGUUGUGGUCUCUGCCGUGAAGCUGGUUGGCCUCCCAGAAAUGGAGCCGUCUGGUUUGGUGCUGCGGGACAGGCACUGCAGGCCAGCUUUGGUGACAGAGGAGGGAGCAACCUUCAUCUUCAAUGUGAACUCUUGUGGGACAACCCGCAUGUUUGAAAGCUCCACCGUGACCUAUGAAAAUGAGGUCCUGUACUUCCUGAUGGGCCAAACCGCACCGGUUUAUCAGUUGAAAUGUGCAUGCCGAUACUUCAUUGGGGAUGCUGUCUUGCUCCAGUAUAGUCCUCUUGAAAUUCCAUCACCAAGCAUCCUGCCUGAGACUGGGCUGCUGGCGCUUGCCCUGAAGCUGGCCAGAGAUAAGUCCUACAGUGAUUUCUACCGGGACACGGAGUACCCAGUGACGCGCUACCUUAGAGAACCUCUCCACUUCCAGGCAGAACUUCUCCACAGCCAGGACCCCCAGCUAGAACUCUUCUUGGUGGACUGUUGGGCCACAGCGUCGUCAGACAGGGACAGUUCUCCACAAUGGCAUAUCAUGGUUGACAGUUGCGAGAACAUGGAGGACACGCAUCGCACCACUUUCCACAGGGUCCCCAGCGGCUCAGUCCCAUUCCCUACACACCUGAAGCGGUUUGAAGUGCAGAUGUUUACAUUCAUGGUGAAUAGCCAAGCUCUUCGAGGCCAGAUCUACUUCCACUGCAGUGCAGUGAUCUGUGAUUCCAGCUAUCCAUCUUCCGAUGCCCUCUGUGCCAGGCGCUGUAUUCCCAGAAGGCAGAGAGCCGAAGCACUGGUUCCACCAAUGACCUACGGGGGUACAUCUCGUCCGGAGCAAUUGUGA